AUGGAGAACCAAGAACAUUUAGGCUCAUCAGCGUUUUCGGAUGGGCAUGACACGACAGAAAUAGCCGUUUCGCGCGAGGCCCAUCCGAAGCCCUUUGUAGUCAGACUCCUCGACGUGCACAAGCUUGAGGAGCCGGAGGAACCCGAAGAGCCCGAGGAACCCGAGGAGCCGGAGAAACCCGAGGAGCAGGAGGAACCGGGGGAGGCCAACGGGCAGAUCACGCGAUACCGGGGCAUUGAGUUUUAUGGGUCCGAGGAGACAUCUGAACCCCACAAACCCUAUGAGCCCCACAAGCGCUAUGAGCCCCACAAGCGCUAUGAACCCCACGAACUCUAUGAGCCCCAAGAGCCCCAGGAAGCCUACGAGCCCCAUGCACUGCGCAAUCACAGUAAACGCCUGGGAUCCCGUAAGCCCCGGGGGCCCUCUGCUUCCCGCGAGACCCACAAGCCCCACAAAGCCGAGUUGCUUCCCAGCGCCGCCGUAGUGACCGCGCCUUCUCUGGUGACCAGAUUCCCGCCACGGAUUCCGCUAUCUUGCCUGAGGGCUUCACCAUUGUAGUGUGUGCUGGUAUUUGUUAGUUUUUUUUCUAGGAAGAGAAUCCAAGACCUUUCUAGGCCUAAAAAACAAUGGGGAACCCCAGAUAGAAAACUGUUUUGGGGGAAUCAAGAUCCUAUUCGCCCUGUUUCCCAGUUUGCUUUGAAGGCUCAGCUGACCAAAAGACUUGAGGACCUUGCCCAUCCCAAGGAAGUCUCCCACCGAUAUGUACCUAACAGGGCUCAAUAUUACUACAGCUGUGGUAGAGAGUCUAUAAUCUGGGAGAUCCCUUCUGCUGCACUGUUUAGCCAGCCAUCCAAAAGGAUCCAGAAGCUGGCACUGCCCAACAGAUUCAAGAAAGAAUAUCUAUUAAAUAGGCCCUACAGUGAUUACUUAACAAGAAGUUCUCAUCAAAUCUCUGAUCCUUCACCCCGUUUAUUACAACUGUCAAUAGCCAAAGCCAUAAAUCCAAACUAUGUUCCUCCAAAAAAGAUUGAAACCAAGAUUGCAGCUUCUGCCCUGAGUGCUGUUGCAACUCCAAGAAUUAUAGACCUUGCCCAUCCAAGGAUCAAGAUAGAGGGUCUGUGCUUUGAAAGAGAAAGAUGUGAAAUGCCCAUCCGUCCUAUAUCCCGUGCUGCCUUGCUAACCAAACCUAGCCCUCGAAUAAUAGCUCUAGCUGAGGCCAAGCCUCUUCAUCAAGAUUAUCUACCUGUCCGUGAUGCCCAUUGGCCAGUAUCUUAUGCUGCUAUCCAUUACAAAAUAUCUCCCAGAAUUCAGGAACUAGCUAAUCCAAAUACAAGGUCUCCUGUGCAUAUUAUAUAUUACGAUCCAAAUGUCUUUAAAGUCAAGCCAGCUGCUCUGAAAACACAGUGUUCUCCGAGGAUCCACGAGUUGGCAGAACCUCUUAUGCGUUAA